GACUGUGUGGGUCCUUCAGACCGCUGACCUGGGCUUUCUGUCGGCUCUAGUCCUUGUCGGAGCCUCUCUACAUGAUCUAAAUCGGGGGAAGUUGUUCGGUUCGGAGUAUUCGCCUGUUUUGCUGUUUUUGUGGUCGUUGUGAAGGAUGGCGCUGGAUGGGAUCCGGAUGCCCGACGGCUGUUACGCCGAUGGGACGUGGGAACUGAAGAUGCAUGUGACCGACCUCCACAGGGACGUGUCACUGAGGGUCACUGGGGAAAUCCACAUCGGAGGGGUCAUGCUCAAGCUCGUGGAGAAACUAGAUGUGAAGAAGGACUGGUCCGAUCACGCUCUGUGGUGGGAGAAGAAGAAGACAUGGCUGCUGAAAACUCACUGGACGUUGGACAAGUACGGCAUCCAGGCCGACGCCAGGCUGCUGUUCACGCCGCAGCACAAGCUCCUGCGCCUCCAGCUGCCCAACAUGAAGCACAUGAAGGUCAAGGUCAACUUCUCUGACCGCGUCUUCAAGGCCGUCUCCGACAUCUGCAAAACUUUCAACAUCCGCCACCCAGAGGAGCUGUCUCUACUCCGUAAGCCCCGUGAUCCCAAGAAAAAGAAGAAAAAGUUGGAAGAGACAGAGGAGGAUGACCUGGAGCUGGAAGGUCCACUGUUAACACCUGGAUCAGCCUCUGAGGUAAUAUACAUCGGACCUGUCAAAGGGAGCAUCUACUCCAGUCCGGGAUUGUACAGUAAGACUAUGACACCCACCUACGACUCCAGGGACGGCAGCCCCCUCUCGCCAACCUCCGCCUGGUUUGGGGACAGCCCCCUGUCUGAAGGAAAUCCCAGCAUCCUCGCUGUCAGCCAACCAAUCUCCUCACCAGACAUCCUGGUCAAACUGUACAAGCCCCAGUCCCUGCUGGACAAAGCCAAAAUCAACCAGGGGUGGCUGGACUCAUCCAGGUCUCUGAUGGAGCAGGAUGUAAAGGAGAAUGAGGUGCUGCUGCUGAGGUUUAAAUACCACAGUUUCUUUGACCUCAACCCUAAGUAUGAUGCCAUCCGAGUGAACCAGCUCUAUGAACAGGCCAAGUGGGCCAUCCUGCUGGAGGAAAUUGAGUGCACAGAGGAGGAAAUGAUGAUGUUUGCUGCCCUGCAGUACCACAUCAACAAGCUGUCCAUCAUGUCCUCAGACAACCACAUGAACAACAGUGAGAAAGAGGUGGAUGAGGUGGACGCAGCCCUGUCAGACCUGGAGAUCACUUUGGAAGGAGGAAAGACGUCCAACACACUGGGUGACAUCACAUCUAUUCCUGAAUUAGCAGACUAUGUCAAAGUCUUCAAACCCAAGAAACUGACGCUGAAGGGCUAUAAGCAAUACUGGUGCACAUUCAAGGACAUCACAAUUUCCUGUUACAAGAGUAAAGAGGAGGCACAUGGGACACCUGCUCACCAAAUGAACCUCAGAGGUUGUGAGGUAACGCCAGAUGUUAACAUCUCCGGUCAGAAAUUCAACAUCAAGUUGCUAAUCCCAGUGGCUGAUGGUAUGAAUGAGAUCUGGCUCCGAUGUGACACGGAGAAGCAGUAUGCCCAUUGGAUGGCUGCCUGUCGCCUGGCCUCCAAAGGGAAGACCAUGGCCGACAGCUCGUACAACCUGGAGGUGCAGAACAUCCUGUCUUUCCUGAAGAUGCAGCACAUGAACCCUGACCCUCAGUUCAUCGAGCCCAUCACCACCGAUAUCAACCCAGAAUGCCUGGUGUCCCCUCGCUAUUUGAAGAAAUACAAGAACAAGCAGCCAGGCUAUAUCAGAGAUUUGAUUUCAGCUCGGAUUCUCGAAGCCCACCAGAACGUGGCCCAGAUGAGUCUCAUUGAGGCCAAAAUGCGCUUCAUUCAGGCGUGGCAGUCCCUGCCCGAGUUUGGAAUCACUCACUUCCUCGCCAAGUUUCAGGGCGGGAAGAGGGAGGAGCUGAUCGGCAUCACUUACAACAGAUUGAUCCGGAUGGACGCCAGCACCGGGGACGCCAUCAAAACCUGGCGCUUCAGCAACAUGAAGCAGUGGAACGUCAACUGGGAGAUCAAGAUGGUGACCGUGGAGUUCGCAGACGAGCCCAGUUUGUCUUUCGUGUGCGCCGAGGUGGACUGUAAGGUGGUCCACGAGUUCAUCGGGGGCUACAUUUUCCUGUCCACGCGCGCCAAGGACCAGAACGAGUCACUAGACGAGGAGAUGUUCUAUAAGCUGACCAGCGGCUGGGUCUGAGCUGGUCCUCUACCUGGACCACCGGGGGUCUACCAUCAGCGCGCCAGGGGCCAGGAGGGGAGGGGGAUGAUGGAGAUGGAAACGGGGAGGGGGAGGGGAACCACAGCAUAUGGGUUUAUUUUAUUCUAAUCUCUCUCAGUCUUUUUAAGCAUUUGUGCUGAAAAGCUCGGCUCAGCACCACCUCUGCCAUGGCUCACACCGUUCUUAUAUCCUCUCUUUUGUUUUGUUUUGUUUUGUUUUUUUUGCAUUGAUGCUGACAUUUGUUAAACACUAAUAUUGUAGUGGAUGCAGUCCAGAUGAACUCAGACACCUUACACAAACCAGAACUAGAACCAGGACCUGCCUCCUCUCCUCCUGGACUGACGGCCAUCAACUUACGUCCAUGACCGCCCUUAAUAAAACCAACCGAACAGCAGUCGAAUCCCAAAGAAUCUUCUCUUUUUCUUCGCUCUUUCUUUCUCUGACUCUGUCUUCUACAACUGGACUCAUCAAUAUUGUCAUUGAAGUGCCACACAUACCUGCAGUACUAUUUAAAUAUUCAUCAAACUGAAUUGUAGAUGCCCCAGCGGCCUUUGAACGCAGCGCCACGUCCGUCUUUUACGCUCCACGAAGGGGUCGCUGAAGUCACAUGUAAGCACUUCGACGCUACGCAGUCCUGUUUAUGAAUAAGCUGUUGUUGAAUGUCCUUUUGUGCUUUUUUUUGGUGUGUGUCGUCAGAUCUUGUCCACCGUCGUAGGUAGCGUGUCGAGUCUCUUCACUGAAUUCUCUUUGUGUUGUUUUUGUCAGAUGUGAUGAUGAGAGACUGCUUUGUAUUUAAGACUGCUGUGUCUGACUCUGAAAACACUACAGUUCAGAACACUGGCACCAGUGUCCUGUGGGUUUGACAAAUCUGGUUUCUGACUCGCCUACAUGUCCGUAAUGAAGAAAUAUCCUUUUUAACAAGUCAGUUUGUGUGUUCAUGUUAAUAAACUCAAGUCAGUGGGUGUGGUGAACCUAUUGAUCUCAUGGUAUCACAUCAAGGUUCAAUAUGUUGCGUUAGCAUGUGAUUGUGUGUUGGAAGUUGUUUAUUUAUGCUAAAUAUUGUAACAGUACUCAGACUGUUUUUUGUUUUUUUUUUUUUGCAAAAAUUUUGGAGUUACCAUCCAAAUGCGUUGCUUAUUUUAACCAAAUUUUCCAAAACUCUGUAAAAGAAUAACUGAUAAGUGCAUAAAUUGGCCCCUACACACAAAAAACACACAUUUAGAGUUUUAUGUACACCACAAAUAUGCAAAUAAAAAACAUUUGGAUGGAAAGGAACCUCAUUUUGUGCUGAAAACAGUUAUUAACUUUAGUACUAGAUGACUGGGGUCAGAUUUUCUGCAAAAAAACUCUCAGGAGCUCUACAAUAGCAGGGUUUCUACCCAAAUGUGUUGUUUAUUUUAACCAAAUUUUCCAAAUAUAUACAAAAGAAUAACUGAUAAGUGCAUAAAUUGGCCCCUACACACAAAAAACACACAAUUAGAGUUUUACGUGCACCAAAAAUAUGCAAAUACAAAACAUUUGGAUGGAAAGGAACCUCAUAUUGUGCUGAAAACAGUCAUUACCUGUAGUACUAGAUGACAGGUCAGAUUUUCUGCAAAAAAACACUCAGGAGCUCUGCAAUAACAGGGUUUCCACCCAAAUGCGUUGCUUAUUUUAACCAGAUUUUUUUUUUAAAUCUGCUAAGGUAAAAGUGAUAAGUGCAUAAAUUGUCCCCUACAAACACACAAUUAUUUCCACACAGUUUUAUGUGCACUAAAAAUAUGCAAAUAAAAAACAUUUGGAUGGAAAGUAACCUCAUAUUGUGCUGAAAACAGUUCUUAAAUUUAGUACUAGAUGACUGGGGUCAGGUUUUCUGCAAAAAACUUUCUGGAGCUUUUACAAUAGCUGGGUUUUCAUCCAAAUGUAUUGCAUAUUUUAACAAAAAUAUUACAAAAUGUACAAAAGAAAAAGUGAAGUUCUAUGCAUAAAUUAGUCCCUGCUUCCAAACACACAAUUAUUUGCUUGGUAUGUUUGACUUGAAUCAGGGUUUUUGUGCAAAAAUUUAAAUGCAAAUUAAAAGAAAAAAGGUUGUAUUGUAUUGUACAUGUUGUAUUUGGAACUGAGUCAGUUUCACUCCAAAUGUGUUGCAUAUUUUAAUCAAAUUUUUAGAAAAUCUAUCAAAGAUAAAGUGAAUUUAAGUGCAUAAAUUCAUAUUUGGCUGCAGACUCUAAAGUGAAGCCUACAUGCAGACACAUGAUUAUUCACUAAAUGUAUUUUUAUUUAACUUAUUUAAUUCACUUUUUAUAGAUGCACCAAAAUUUCCUCAUCUUUCAACAAUGUUUUUUUUUUUUGAGUUGUAUCAAAUUUUGGGUAAAAAAAAACAACAUGCAUCCACAUUAUACAUUAGCUACUGUUUGCCUACAAAGGGAGCUAUUAAAUUGAGAAAAACACACAUAAAAUCACACUUCGUUGCAGGUUUUUUUUGAAAAUAUGGUAAAAAUUGCGACACAUUCGGAUAAAAAAACCCUGUAGUGAAGUAUUCGUGGUGGAUUUUUGCUGAAAACAAAACUGAAGUCCUGUUGAAACGUAGUUGGCUGAUGUCAACUCAACACUCAAACAUAUUGAACCUUCAUGUGUCAAUCUGAAGUGGGCGUGGCUGUUAUCUAUGAAUGUUUGGCCUGUUUCCAAGGGCUUUUCAUUUUCUGACCUGGAAAUUAAAAAAAAAAAUACAAUAUAUCGGAAUGCAUUAAUAUCUGGAAUUUGCCAGUUUGUGGCUUUUCCGUGGUCUUAAAUGAACUUCAGAGCAUCAUCCACCCUGACGUCUCGGUGCAUGUACACUACAUUAACAGGAGCAAUACUUGACUGUAUUGGCUUCCACCUUUUAGUUUAUUGCUAUUCUGUUCCUCACACCACAUAGUAUUAUUAUAAUUAUCAAUUUUAUCAUUACACACCAGCAAAGGUCACAGUUUGAAGAAUGAAUAUGCAAAUGUUUUUGUUUUUUUUUUCUUCAGUCCUCAGUAUGAAGGAUCAGUAAACGAAGUAUUAUUUUUUGUAACUAAUGUAAAAACACAGGUUUUAUAGAAUUGUACAGUUUUUUUUCUGCUUUUUGAGGGUUUGUAUUUCUUUUCUGUCUGUGUCCUUUUAGAAAAGAGAGGGGAAGCCAUCUGUCAACAUGUGUAGUAUUCAGGAUUGUGUCUGCUUAUGUUGUGGUCUUAUUGAGUUUUCAGAUGAAAUUAUAUAUGAAUAUAUAUGAAGAUAACACUAGUCUCAAACUCCAGGUUUAUAGGGUUUGAUGUUUGUUGAAUACAUUUUUUUUUCUAAAAUACAAAUAUAUGCCUUUUCCUUGUGCGCUUUUUUUCUUUUUUUGCAUUGUUUCCUGCUUUCCCCUCUGUGAUAUGUGGCCCUCAGUUACAUUUUUAGCCUUAAUUUUCAACCGUCAUUGAUACUUAAUAUGCGUUUUUGCCGCAAAUUUAAUUUGCUAAGCGCCUUUU